CAAUAAAAGAGGCUGCAUUGAAAGUAGCAAAAAGAAAAACAAUGAGAUUCUACGCAUCAUCACGAGGAGGUAGCARGUCAUUGGCGACAAUGGCCUUGGCAACGACCCAAUUGAUUCCAUCCCAGAGUUACCUGUCGUCCCGCGUCAUGGUGACAGCGUUUUCGUCAUCCUUGGCCGUAAAGCAAGUCAAUUCGCUGAAAGAAGCAAGAGGAUAUAGUUCGUCAUCUACCGAUCUGAAUAUGAGUAGCAAGAUGAAUCAAUCGUUUGAAACUUGGUCCUUUGACGAGCCUUGCAAAACUAUGGCAUGGAGUCCAUUGUCUGCUGUGGAGUUGACCGCUUCCGGAUCCGGAUUAGACAACUGGACGGACGACGCAGACUUGGUCUUCGUGGGGAUUUUUGCGCCUUCAAAGGAGGAUUCUGAAGAGGAAGAGGACGACGACAAAGAAGAGGAAGUCGUUGAGCCAACCUUGUCAGGAUCUGCCGGAGACCUUGACGCGUCGCUCGGUGGAGCCAUCUCAAACCUAAUGAUUGAAAAUUUUAAGGAUUUCAAGAAUGGUGCCGAAGCUGGUUCGACUUUACCAACCAUGAGGUUUUACGAGGAUGGUAAGACAAAGAGAUACAUUGUCGUUGGCCUCGGUAGUGAGCCAAAGGAUUCCGACUCGUCGGAGUCUAUCGGAAGUGCUAUUGGCAAGGCACUCGCUACAAAAUGCGACUCGGAAAAGAAGGCUGUUUCAGCCAAAUUCCUUCUACCAGAAUCCAUCGCGUCAGAUUCCAAAAAUUUGAAGGACUUGUCAUCUGCCUUCUAUUCUACGUUGUACGCAGACAACAGACAUCGUACUGGCAAGAAGGUUGUGACCCCAGCCGAAGAUUUGAAAUCUCUGACUUUGCUUUCAGACGGUGGAAGCGAUUCCGACACCAUGCAGGACUCACUUGAUAUAGGAAAGAAACUAGCUACUGGUGUUUACAUGACGAAAGACAUCGUCAAUGCGCCGCACAAUGUGUUAAAUUCUGAAUCUCUUGCUGAUACAGCACGAAGACUUGCAGAGGAGAGUGGCGGAAGCUUAACAUGCAAGGUUCUUGGAAAAAAAGAAUGCGAAGAGAGGGGAAUGGGUGCGUAUUUGGGAGUUGCCAGAGGCAGUGAAACAGAACCGCAAUUUAUUCACAUUACAUACACGCCAUCUGAGGGAGACAUCAAGAAGAGAGUUGGAGUUAUCGGCAAGGGACUACUCUUCGAUACCGGAGGUUACAAUAUCAAGACCCAGAUGAUGGAACUCAUGAAAUUUGAUUGCGGUGGCGCCGCAGCAGUUUUCGGUGCAGCUCGUUCCAUUGGAGCCUUGAAACCACCUGGAGUAGAAUGUCAUUUUGUUGUCGCAGCUUGUGAGAACAUGAUCAACGACAAGGCAAUCGUACCAAGUGAUAUUCUCACCGCAUCUAACGGAAARACCAUCGAGGUCCUCAACACCGACGCAGAGGGGCGACUGACUCUUGCAGACGCCUUGGUUUAUUGUGAUAAGGAACUGGACUGCGAAUCUAUCAUUGAAUUGUCAACAUUGACUGGUGCAUGUAUGGUUGCUCUUGGUCAGGUAAGGAAAAAACAUCUUCAGCAUGGGCUGGUUUCCAUGGGGCGAUUUCUCUUCUCUAGAAAAGUGUAGCURAACGUUUUGUUUUUCUCGUCUCGUUGCGAUUAUUCCUUGCUUUACAGAGUGUUUGCGGAGUAUUUACCGAUAACGACGAUUUGGCUGAGGAGCUCAAGGACGUUUCCAAAGUAACCGAAGAUAAGGCAUGGGUAAGUUUUAAAUCUUGAUAAGAUUGCGUCCAUAAUGUGACUAAGUUGCAAAGCUCCUUGCGAUUCAUUUUUAACGCAASUCAUUCCUCGUUUCUAAUCAAAACUCUGUCCUUCGUGAUUGUCUCGUGACCAGAGGAUGCCGAUGGAAAAAUCCUACAACAAGCAAUUGAAAUCAAAGGUUGCUGAUAUGACAAACUUGGGUGGACGUUACGGUGGGUCGAUCACGGCCGCCCUGUUCUUGCAAAACUUCGUGAACAAGAAGAAACCAUUUGCUCACAU